GGGGGGUCCGUGUGCCCCGUGUGUCCGUGUGUCCGUUUUUUCCCACCCCCGUCCUUUUCCCCGCGGGCGCGGGAAACGGCCCCCCGCCGCACGGGGGCGCUGCUCGAGGUGUGGGUGCGGAUCCGGGAGCCGCUGGGGCCGCACCGGACUGGACCCGCCUCGGACGGUGGCGCGGGGGGGAAAAGGGGACCGGAGCCCGCCCUCUCCCCGGCCCCCAAACCCCCCCCGGCCACGGCCAAGGACGGGAACCAGCGCCCCCUCCCCACCCUGCCCAGCCUCACCGUGCUCCAGUUCGACCGCGAGCGCCUGGAACGGAAGAUGGCCCCGGCAGCGCCCCCCGAGCUGCGGCGGCAGCACCGGGAACUGCAGGGGCGGAUCCGGGGGCUGCGGGCGCGGCUGCAGAGCGGGGACCCCCGGUUCCGCUCGGAGUACGCCGAGCACCUGGAGCGGCACCUGAGGCUCUACACGGAGGCUGCGCGGCGCCUGGGGCUGCAGGGGGACAGGGAGGCGGCCAAGGAGGCUCUGUACAAACGGAACCUGGUGGAGAGCGAGCUCCAGAAACUCCGUGGAUGAGACCCCUCCCCAAUUCUGGUUGGGGGGUUCAGAGACCCCUCCCCAAUUUGGGGGGGCUCUGGGGAUCCCCCCCCCUCCCCACCAGUGCCCACUGUGACAAUCACAGAGCUGCUACAUCCCCCUCCCCACUUUGAGGUGACGGUGACCCCUCCCCAAAUUUCAGGGUAUUAAUAACCCCCUCCCCAAUUUUAGGGUGACCCCCUCCCCAAAUUUCAGGGUGAUUAUGACCCCUCCCCAAUUUUAGGGUGACACCGACCCCUCCCCAAUAUUAGGGUGAUUAUAACCCCCCCAAGUUUCAGGGUAAUUAUGACCCCCUCCCCAAUUUCAGGGUGACCCCGACCCCUCCCCACCCGGGUCCGUGUCUCCCCCAAGCACUUUGUUCUCCCCUCCCCCGUUUCCCCCCCCACCAAAGCGGAUCCCUCCCAAGUGCCUGUAGGGGAGGGGCUGUUCCGGGCGCUCUCAGCAAUUCUAAUCAUUAAUUA